AAAAAAAAACAUGUUGGACCCAACAAAGCAAUGUGCUUGUUAUAACGUAAUCCAAGAGGACAAUCCACAUCACUGCAGUAUAUGCAAACGAAACUUUAGUGCAUGCUUUUGUACGAACGACAAAUAAGACGUCAGAAAGCAGAAUACGAUACAUUAAAUAUGAAGUACAUGUCUGGUCUUGAUCGUGUAGCAGAAAUACAACAACAAAGAGAAAUGGCUGAUAUCGAAUUGGAAGAAUUAAGUGCUCGAUUGUUUGAAGAGGCAAAUAUUAUGGUGGCAAGCGAAAAGCGAGAAAAACAUCAGCUGAAAGAAUUACUCAUGACCACAGAAGACCAGCUGAUUAUGGAACAAAGCCAACUUUAUGAAUUGAGAGCCCGCAUAGAAUCCACAACUGCAUUAUGCUCACCACCUCCACCCUAUUUUGAUAACGUUAAAAAGCCAAUGGCUCAAACAAUGAGGCUUUACAAUGAUCAUAAAAACAGUUUGCUUCCUAAAACAGAUAACGCUGGAUUGCUCUUCGACGAAAUCCGCACACAACAAAACUUAUUGCUGGGUGAACACCGUAAUGAUGUAAUUCCAGAUCAAUGUUUUGUCAAUCAUGAUGGGGUACUGCAAUUAGACUAUUUUCAAAAAUUCUUCGAACAGCAAAAGAGGAGGAAUAGUAGCGUACCUUCUUUAAUAUCUGAUUAUAGUAUUGAAGAAGAAGAAGAAGUUUAUUCCUCAUUUUUCCAGCUAUACCCACAAGUGCCACAAUCAGAAUAUUUGGAGCGGUGCGAAAUAGAAGAUAUUGAGCCAUGUUUGCAGUUUGGAAAUUCGAAUUCACGUAUGCAUGUAAAAGUUAUGAUGGAACAUUUGCGCCGGGCUCCAUGUUUUAUAGAGUCAAUUACCAUGGAAGAAGCUAAAGAACUACCAACAUUAUGUAAUGCUGUAACUACUGUUUAUCACAGACCUAUUUGGGAAAGAUUGACUGCAACAUCGCCGCAACCCUUACAUCAUCUAGAAUGUUCAGCAUGCGGGAAAAAACGAAACGUAAUGACCAAAUCGAGCUACUACAGGUUUAGACUAUUAGAGAAUGAAGACUGGUUGCUUAUCGAUCAAAAUUGUCGUGAUAGACUGGUUGCCGUAUGUAAUUUUUAUAGCUUUAUAAGAAACAUUGAGAUGGGUUAUUACAAGCAGCUGCUAUUAACUGACUUAUAUUUGGAAAACGUGGAGUUACGAUUAAAAAUAUUUUACUCUCGAAUGGGAAAUAUUUAAGAAAACAUUUAGGCUUAAGAACUUUUAAAAUUUAUUACCAAGGAUAUCACGCAAAAAUAAUUACAAAAUUCGGAGUAAACUCAUAUUUUAAAAUACCAAUAAUUUCAUAUAAUAAAAAUGGAGUGCAUAAUGAUAAAUGUGAG